GAGAAAAAGGAGAAGCGUAACCCGACGAAUGAAAUAUUACGUACAUUCGAACGAAUUACGCGAGACUAUCGCUUCUGGAAAUUCUAUUAGUGCUUCAUCCGGAUCAUUCGCAAUUACGACCACGCACGACCACAAUUUACUCCACAACAUACUGAAUUCGUGAUGGAAGCACCGAGUUUCGCAGAUCUUGGGAAAAAUGCAAGGGAUGUUUUUAAAACAGGCUACCACCAAGGCAAGGGCCUUUUCAAGUUCAAUGUCAAGACCAAAUCUACCAAAAGAUUCCAGAUGACGAGUGACGCAACGUUGAAUUUCGAGGCAUCAAAGUUAAACGGUUUAAUGGAGACGAAGUACAAGGCAAAUGCUGGAGCUCUGCUGUUAAAAUGGACGACCGAGGGCGCGCUUUUUCUGGGAUACGAGUUUAACGGGCUGCUAAUGAAGGGCGUUGAUUUGCUCUCCGAGUGCUCGUACAAUCCGGAAACGGCCGCGAAAGGCGUGAAGGUCGGCUCGAAGUUCGCCAACGAGAGGAUCAACGCAAGCUGCGAGAUCUCCAACGAUCCGGAUUCAGGCACCAGCUUGCUCGGCUCGGUGGUACUGAAAUGCCGGGAUUUGCUCCUGGGGUACCAGGGCGGCUACGACGCGACCUCGAACAGGGUGACGAAGAACGACGUCGGGGUCGUCUACGGUUGCGCCGACAUUGACCUGCACCUCCGGUGCACCUGCAUACCGUACGUGUACGGGCUCUCCGUGUUGUACAAAGCGAGACCCGACCUGGACAUCGCGGCGAACGGCAUAUACGGGAAACGAGGCGACGUUCAAAAGUGGACGGUCGGCGCCGCGGCGAAGUGCAAGAUCGACGAGAGGUCGACCCUGCGAUUCAAGUUCAACACCGAUCUCCAGUUAGCCACGAGCUUUCUGCAGAAGAUCAGCGACGGUGUCACGCUGAUCCUCUCGUUCAACAUCGACUGCGCGAACGUCACCAGAGGUGGUCACAGAGUCGGACUAGCGCUCAACAUCGAGGCUUAAACUCGCGGAGUCCUCGCGGAUUUGUGUCGUCCUUGGUAUCGUCUGCUGUGGUGGUGUAC